CAGGUCAGAUUGGAAAUCUUUAUGCGAAAUUAUCUCCUCGACGAAGGUGAAACAUUGGGGCAUCCUGCAUCGUCUGACUACCCCGGCGAUGUUCCGGCAAGCUCACCUCUGACUAAAUCGUACAAUUAUACAGUUGACCUUGAGAAGAAUUCAGUGUACGAAACGUUGUUAAAAGGCAACUGCACAGCUUAACAAAACUGGGAAAAUUUCCUGUCCAAAAUUUUGUUCAACUUUGCUCUAUGCCGUGCCAGGAUCUUCCUUAAGAUUGAACCUCUUAACGGAAAACGUGACAGAAUUUGUGGUACGGAUAAGGCACUGGACGGACGACACGUCUAAUCUAGAUGUUUGGACACAAUAUCCAAAUAUGAAAUCGGUUAAGAAAUUUACAGUAAAAUCAAGCGACCAGACUUUCACAAUGCCCUCGGUCUUUGGCGGGAUGGUUUACAUAGGGCAAAUAAAUAGUUCAGUUCUUCUCGACAACGUUGCCUUUUCAAUAUCUGGAGUAGUGGAAAGCCCCAGCUUUAAAUUUAAAGAUAUGACUUUAGUUGAUUGGCGGGAGGAACGUCAGCUGAUGGAGGCGCCAUGGGGCGAUUUAGUCAGCGACCAGAUGAUCAUGUCUUACCCGAAACGUGUUCUCGACAAGAUUCAAGAUCCUGAGGAGUUUCUAAUCCAUUGGGAGCGUAUACUGGAUGGGAUGACUGAACUGGCCGGAGCUCAAUACAAAAGCACCCGUGAGCAUAUCGGCUUCACGAGAGAUCUUCCAAACAAAGGUGCAAAAACACAUUCAGGAAAUCCACUCAUGGUCCAAGAGAAGAUUGGCGAAGAACUUGUAGAGUUUAGGAAAAUUUGGCAAAGUAGCUCCAACAUGCUCGCCAUCCUACACUCACUUGCACACAAUCAUGAAGAUUCCCUAGCGCUACUGAAGUUUAAGGGCGGUGAAUCAUUUGUUGGUAACUUAUUUGUUGAUUAUGUCAAAAAUAUUGUACAUUUCGUUCGCCCACAACAAAUUAGGGAUGAGUACAAAUCGGAGAAUAUUAUUAAAGUGAUGGAAGACUAUAUUCAGGAUGGGGUAAAGUUUGAUCGCUUUUUCACCUCUGGCGCUGUGAAGCUGUUUUACUUUGACUUCGUCAGGAAUUUUGGACACGACACGGUCAUGAAAUUGGGUCGUAACGGUAGCACAACAAUCGACUACCAAGAAAGAAGAGAUGCCCUGGCUGUUAAGCUUUCAGAAAUAGAGGGACAAGACAUCAGCGGGUAUUUAACUUCGUGGGGUAUCGUGAUAUCCACCAGUGCCGAACAGAAACUCGUAGGCUUUAAAAAGACAAAGCUUAAUGCGAAGCAGCUGAUCCAGUUUGCGAAGGAUAAAAUCCAUGUGGAAGCUGCCAAGAAGGCCAUUAGCAAAAGAAGAGGUUUCCAAAAAGGUGGCUUUAAAAGGCCGCAAGCAACCACACCAGCACCAUACGACGAGCCGGACAUGUCAGAUGAAGACGAGGAUGAAGUUACUACGACCGAGUUGAGUACAACGGUAGGAUAUACAACGACUGAAGCAACCCCUGAAGAUGCUGUUCAACAGGGGAGAGGGUUCGAAAUUAUGGAUCCAGUAAGUCCACAUACUAGAUUGUACAUAUAAAAAGCAAAACGUUAAAUGCGUGCAUGUCAAAUU